CCAUUAUGUAUUGGUGUGUUUACCUUGAUGUACAUAAAAAUAUAGUACAUUCUUAAUCAGGAAGUUUAAAUCGUCUUUUUAAAAAUGGUGAAUGUUCGACAAGGAAGACAUGUUUAAAUAUUAUUAUGAAAUCUUGAGAAUGAAUUCAAGUGUUUACUGUUCAUUUUUCAUUGCACUGAUUUCAUUAAAACUGCAAGGUAUGUUUUCACAGGAAGUAACGCUUGCACCAGAACGUAUCGACGUAAUGGAGAAUGUGGACGUGACUUUUACGUGCACAACGCACUCUAUAGGAUCGUUUUGGGCAAAUUCUGAAAAUCCCUCUAUUUGGCCAGUAAUAUUUUUUAAAGAUGACCAAUGUGUUGUGAGUGGAUAUCUCAAUAAUUCGUUGUUAUAUUCAUGGGAUUGCCAUAGAAACGGAAGUUUUUCACUAACUAUACUCAGAGUGAACGAAACACAGCACAAUAUAGUUUGGAGGUGCAGAGGUAUUAAUUUCAGCCCCAUAAGCAAUGAUGCGACAAUCAAUAUUCAAGUUCCAGUGAAAACGGUUGAAAUAACAUCUCCAACUGGCAACAAAAUAACUGUAUUAGAAAAUAAGCAUAGAUUGGUCAAAUGCAUGACGUCAUACAGUAGACCAACACCAUCAAUAAAUUGGUUUAUGCGUUUGAACGGUGCUAACAUUCAAAUUAACGGAAAGAGUUCUAUCGAAUUCAUAUCUAAUGAAAAGGGGUUUACAUCUGCAAUCAGUGUGUUAAACAUAAGUGUCAGUAGAGAAAAGCAAGGGGCAGAAAUUUAUUGCCAUGGCACGAAUAGAAUAGGAAAAGGGAACGUUUCUCGAAACAUAACAUUCGAAGUGCAUUACCCUCCUACAAUCAAAAUGUUGCUGGACAAACGAGUAACAAAAGGAUCAGAUGUAGAAUUUACAUGUCCAACUACACAUGGAUAUCCAACAGCAACAAACUACAUUUGGACAAGGGAAGGUGACGAUAAACACUGGUUUACUAAUUCCUUUACGAUCAAAAAUGCAUCUCGAAAGGACAGUAUGGGAUAUACAUGCAUGGCAAAUAACUUAAUGGUUAUGACAGGAAAUAUAAGGAAAAACGGAUCGUCAAGCAAGAACAUGACAUUAGAAGUCUUGUAUCCUCCGAGCAAGCCAACGCUGUUCCUUGUAUCCAUAGCAGACAUGAAUGUGAAUAUGCCGAUCACUGAUGCUUUGAUUGUUGCGGAACAUACACCUUUUACUUUAUUAUGCAACGCUAGCAGCUUACCAAAGCCCAACCUUUAUUCAUGGGGACCAAUAACAUCGUUGAAUAGUUCUGUAAUACACAUACAUGGACUGAUGAGAAACGACACAGACAAACUCACGUGCCAUGUCAGUAAUGUUAUGAUUCCUACUGAAGGAAGUUCUAUGACUGGUGAAAACAAUGUGACAGUCUCGACGGAUAUACAAUUUUCUCCAGAAAUUGGCAAGAUGAAAAAUAUUAGUUCUGAAGAAGGGACAAAUGUUAACUUUUCAUGUCCACUAAUUUAUGGAAAUCCUAGACACACAAGUGUCAUGUGGAUACGAAAUAAAGACGGAAAACAAUGGCUUGAACCAACUUUUUCAUUGAAAAAUGUGUCGAAGACAGACAGUUCGGUAUAUACGUGUAGAGUUAAUAACACCAUAAUUAUGACCGGUGGUGUCAUAAGUGAAGGGAUAACGAAUAAAAGUAUCGAAAUGAACGUAUUGUAUCAAGUUUCAAUAUUGAAUUACGUAGUCGUUAAUUACAGCAGAAAUGACACCGUAACAGUUGCAGAAAACCACACAGUGAAUUUGAGAUGCGAAAUUGAGGGCAAUCCAGUCCCCGAAGGGAGGAUUUUCAGUCAAGACCAACUGGAUGUAACAAAGACUAUUUAUGAAAAUUAUACAAUAUAUUCUGCAACUUUUCAAGCGACAUGCAUCCAUAAAGGAGUAUAUACAUGCAGAGGUACCAAUGUUAUAAAACACGAACGAGUUUCUGAAAGGAAUAUUACACUUUUUGUAACAUGCUCACCUAGGCAAGAUCCGAAAGCUCCAUUACAAAGAAGGAUAACAAUUUCAAGAAAUGAAGCUAUGAAUAUUAACUUCACGGUGCUGGCAUAUCCUAAACCAACAAACGUUCUGAUUAACAAAUAUAACGGACUUUCUUGGGUAUCUGUCAAUAAAAGCAACAACUUUGAAAUUACUAAUACAGGUUUGGACAUUCAGUUUACAAUUCAUAGUGUUUCAGACGACGAUUAUGGCAAGUACAGACUGACAAUUAGAAAUGAAUAUGGAGUGUUUGAACACGUUUUCCAUGUGGAAUCUCCAGCAAUUGAAUCCUCUGAUCCCGAACCUAGAAAUCCAUCUUACAAUUACGGACUCAUUGUUGGACUACCUUUAAUGAUAUUCAUCAUUACUCUUGUAAUAGUUGUUGGCAUUAUGUUGUACAGGAAAAGAUACUUUCCAGUAUUAAGUGGAUUGUUUAAUAAACAGCAAAACCAUGGAAUGGUUUCCAAUAAUUUGUAUCAGAAUGUAACAGAUUCAAGCACUCGAAAUAACGACCUAGAAAAUGAAUACGAAAAGAUAAAAAUGAAUCAACUGCAGACGGACACAACUAAUUAUGAAUCAUACAAGAGAGUAGAAAGAGCAAAUGAAUCGGAAGUGACUUAUGAUAAAUUGGAAGACGAAUUGAAGGACAAAAACCAGUACUGUGAACUUCAUGUAGAGAACUCGAAAAAAGAUGAGGACAUUUCAAACUUAAAUGAGAAAGAGACCGCUAUUUAUAUCAAUAUGAAAGUAUAAUAGUUUGACCAAAUAAUAAUAAUAAUACCAAAUGUACGGAAAAAUACUAUAUUUAUCAUCAUGUGAAUUAUCAGAAAUAAAUAAGCAACACACUAUUGAAUGUGGAUUUAAAUAAAUAAUAAUAGGUCUAAAUUUCAUUAAGCAGAGGUUUUUUGUAUGUUAAACAGUGUAACUACCGAAUUCCGGAACUUCUAAAAUCCGGAAACUUCUGAAAUCCGAACAUUUCUCAGGUUCUCGAAAUUUCUCCUUCAGUUUUCUUUGUAGUAAGUACAGAAUUCUGGUAAAAAGUUUGGUCUUUAUCUACUUAGGUCCUUUUUGUCUAGACUGUGUAUCGUGCAGACACUUAAAUAUACUGACCCCGAGUAUAUAUAAACAUUAUGUAUAACACAUUUUAAUCAGGGCUUUCCUCACUGACAUUGAAAGGAGCACUUCCGUUUAGAAAAAUAAUAUGGAUUUUUACAAAAUGUGAAGGUGGAAACUGCAUGAAUGUAAAGAAUUAUACAGUGAAGAAAAGGCUUAUUAAUGGCUCUUGCUAAAGAAGGAAAACAAACGGGUAGUUCAUCAUCAUCACAUUAAAAGCGCUUGUAACUGACCAGCAGCUCUACUAAAGGUCCUUUUUAUAGACUUGUUAUCUAUGUAUCAUGCAGACACUUGAAUCUGCAUCUUUGAAUGGGUCAUCUACUAACCCGAUUGUAUGAAUAACAAAUUGCCACAAAAUACAUGUAUGCAGACUUAACGUUUUGGCUGACAGAGUUUUUUUUAUGACAGACAGCUCAGCAUUGGUCUAAUGCGCCUUUUAAAAGAUUUAUUUAAACUAUAUUGAUUAACGAAUAAUACAGAUACCGAAAUAAAAGCCGUGUUCUGAAGAGAUCAAUUACAUGAAAGUGUACAGGUAUUAGUUUAUAUUUUUACAAAUGACACAACAUGUAAAAGUAAUUAAUCUUUAUUCAUUCAAAAAAUAAAUACAUUGACUGUUGUACACCGGGUCAGAAAUGGGCCAGUAACGUUUAAUGCCCAUACUAGCCAUAUAUAGGUAUAGUUUGAAUCGUACAACUAUCAAAAAGGUCCUUGUCGGUGUCAUAUUCCUAGUUCAUGCCAUAGUCCAUGUCGAUUUUAUAGUACAUUUUCCAUUGUCAAAGUCCAUCUUCAUGUCUUGGUCCAUUUCAAUAUCAUAGCCAAUAUGCUUGUCAUUCAGGUUCAUGUCACUAUCUUUAUUUUCAAUUUUUCAGAUAUAGGGAAUAUUUUCAUUUUUGAAACCUAUUUCUUAGUUUUGUUCAUAUUGUACUACAUAAAUCAAUUUAAAGUAAAGUUAGACAUGGCAAUUUAAAUAGCUGAUAAGUUAUAUUAAGUGACAAACAUUUGAGCAUUUCUAAAGAUAAUCAUGCGCAGUUAAUGUAUAUCACAAUAGGCCAUGUAUACCAGAAUAGCUACAUUUUUCUCCCUUUUGAAUAAACUCUCGUGCCAGCUGACAGUCAAAACCAAACUGACCGAUCGAGCAUUACAUACUACUUAAAAAACCUUUAUUUCUUAACAUAGAAUCACUACACAAUCUUCCACAUACCUUUGAUAACUAAGUACAAGGCCCAAAUUAAAAACCGGUUUUUCACGUUUUGCUGUCCGUCAGUGUCAUUCCGUCAUUGUGGUGAGGGAAUGGUUUAUUCUGUCCAUGUGGUAAGGGAAUCGUUUAAGUUUUGUAUUAUUACAAGAGUACCACAUUCUGAACUGACACUAUACAUAUUACCCUUUUUUCUGCAUUUUUUUUACGAGGAGAGUUACAGCUUUUAACUCGUCUAUUUUCCAAUCCUGGAAAAUACGUUCCUUUCCGAAUUUAAUCUGAUCCAUGUAGCUCCGUGGCUAUGGACAAAGUAUAAGAGGUAUUCUAUCUUAAAUCAUAUGUAUAUAUUCUUUUAUCAUUUCGCUUUGACAUGAUCAAGUUUGAGAGAAAAGCAUUUAUUUCUAAAGUGAUUGCCUGCUUUUAAACAUAACCAUUUAUAUUAUCUUAUAUGAAUGUUUUAUAAAAAUGCAACAGUGUGAGCUAGUGAAUGAUGAGUCGGACUAGUGAUCUAAGGAUUGCUGGCCGUAUAUAUAUACACUAGUAUGGGUUCAAACCUCGCCAGAGGUAAGCCUCUGUUAACAAAGAAUACAAAUUUAAAUUUUAUCCUCUGCUUUAAAUGAUUCGUGUUUUUAACAAAAUAUAUGUAUAUUUCUGUACAGAUUUUGUUUUUAAGUAAAACUAUGCCGGCAUGUU